GCUGGCGGUGCAGCGGGAACGGCCGUCGACAUGUCAUUAUUCCCGCUCGACACAAUUAAAACAAGGCUCCAAGCUUCGGAGGGAUUCUGGAAGGCUGGAGGAUUUCGUGGGGUUUACAAAGGGCUUGGAGCAGCCGCAGCGGGAUCAGCUCCAGGCGCUGCUCUCUUCUUUUCCAUUUAUGAAACAAUCAAAAUUGAGGCAGAGCCGUUAGUAUCUGAUCGCCUCGCGCCACUGGUGCACAUGGUGGCAGCCUCUGUGGGGGAGACGGGUGCUUGUCUUAUCCGGGUGCCGACCGAGAAUGUGAAACAAAAUUUGCAAGCAGGUAGAUACAAUACAAAUGCGGAGGCGUUACGGACGAUCUGGAAGCAGGAGGACCUGGCACAAAUCCAAGUUUUCACGAAUUUCCGGGGGAAUUUCUGCCUCUGUAUCCCGCAGAUCCCCUUUUCGUUCCUCCAAUUUCCCAUGUACGAGGCAGCCAAAGCUUUCUGGGCGCAAGAGCAAGGGAGGCCCGUGUCGCCUCUCCAAGCGGCGGCGUGUGGAUCCGUAGCCGGGGCAGUCGCCGCCGCAGUCACUACCCCUCUGGACGUGAUUAAGACGCGCCUCAUUUUAGAAAAGGACAUGCAGGGUCGGAAAUAUCACGGCAUCGUCGACGUGUUCCGACGCGUGGUCGCGGAGGAGGGGCCCAUGACGCUCUUCGCCGGGGUCGCCCCAAGGGUGAUGUGGAUCACGAUUGGCGGUUUCGUUUAUUUUGGAGCCUACGAGGAGCCUCUGGAAAAGUAG